CCAGUCCCGCUUGUCAAUUUCACAGAUUGAGUUCGGGAACUCAUCUCAGACGAGAAUCUAGUGAUUAUAUGCUCAUAAGUGAGCAAAGAUUGUAACUUUUGAUUAAUCAGAAAUGGCCAACGUCUCGGUUGCCGCGGAGUGGCAGCUCCUCUACAACCGGUACUACCGGAAGCCCGAAAUCUACCGAAUGAGCUGGAAGCACGUGGAGCUCAACCGCAACAAGGUCGCCUGCGCUCCCUUCGGCGGCCCCAUCGCCGUCAUCCGAGACGAUUCAAAGAUCGUCCAACUCGGCGGCGAAUCGGCGCAACGCAAGCUCCGAAUCUUCAGUUCCUCGGGCCAUCUCCUCGGCGAGACCAUCUGGAAACACCCGGGCGGCCGAUUAAUCGGCAUGGCCUGGACCGACGACCAAACCUUAGUCUGCCUCGUCCAGGACGGCACCGUUUUCCGCUACACCAUCCACGCCGAGCUCCUCGAGCCGAGCAUCUCCAUGGGCCAAGAGUGCUUCGAGCGAAACGUCGUGGACUGCGUCUUCUGGGGAAACGGCCUCGUUUGCAUCACCGAAACGAAUCAGCUGUUUUGCAUUUCCGAUUUCAAGAACCCGAACCCGGUUAAAUUGGCCGACCCGGAGAUCGAGGACCCGCCGCUUUGUAUGGCGGUGAUCGAGCCUCAGUACACGAUGUCCGGGAAUGUGGAGGUUCUGCUUGGGAUUGGAGACGCUUGCGUCUUGGCUGUGGAAGAAGAUGGCGUUCAGCAGCUAGGGCUUGAGGUGUUGCGUGGACCAAUUCAGAAGAUGGCGGUUUCGAGAGAUGGACAGUGGCUUGCUUCGUUCACGCACGAUGGUCGAUUGUUGGUCAUGACUUCGAAUUUGAAAUUAGCUUCUAUGUGUGAGUCAGCUCUUCCUCCGGAACAGUUAGCGUGGUGUGGAAUGGACACAGUGUUGCUCUAUUGGGAUGAUAUUCUUUUGAUGAUGGGUCCUAGAGGAGAUCCCGUUCGCUACUUUUAUGAUGAACCGAUAAUUCUUAUUCCUGAGUGCGACGGAGUAAGGAUAUUAUCUAACUCAAGCAUGGAGUUUCUACAACGGGUGCCUGAUUCCACUGAAUCCAUCUUCAAGAUUGGAAGUACGUCACCUGCGGCAUUGUUGUAUGAUGCUUUGGAUCAUUUUGACAGACAAAGUGCCAAGGCAGAUGAGAAUUUGCGACUAAUACGCCCAUCCUUGCCGGAGGCUGUUGAAGCAUGUAUUGAUGCUGCUGGCCAUGAAUUUGAUGUUCUACGUCAACGGACGCUCUUAAGAGCUGCAAGCUAUGGCCAAGCCUUUUGCAGCAAUUUUCAACGGGAUCAUAUUCAAGAGAUGUGUAAAACUUUGCGAGUUUUAAAUGCUGUGCGGCAUCCUGACGUUGGAAUGCCUCUUAGUAUUCAACAAUACAAGUUGCUUACGCCAUCUGUUCUGAUUGGUCGUUUGAUCAAUUCCUACAAGCACUUUCUUGCACUACGGGUAUCAGAGUACCUUGGAAUGAAUCAAGAGAUGGUGAUUAUGCACUGGGCAUGUUCGAAGAUUUCAGCUUCCUUAGCAAUUUCUGAUGCCACUCUUCUUGAGAUCUUACUUGAUAAGUUGAAACUAUGCAAAGGAAUAUCCUAUGCAGCAGUUGCUGCACAUGCAGAUAAGAAUGGCCGCCGGAAGUUAGCUGCUAUGCUUGUUGAACAUGAACCACGCUCCUCCAAACAGGUUCCUCUCUUGUUGAGCAUAGGAGAAGAAGAUACAGCUUUAAUGAAGGCAAUUGAAAGUGGUGAUACAGACCUUGUUUAUCUUGUUCUCUUUCAUAUCUGGCAAAAGAGACAACCAUUGGAGUUCUUUGGAAUGAUACAAGCUAGAGCACUGGCACGUGAUUUGUUUAUAAUUUAUGCACGGUGCUAUAAGCAUGAAUUCUUGAAGGACUUUUUCCUAUCAACUGGACAACUUCAAGAGGUGGCUUUCCUUUUGUGGAAAGAAUCUUGGGAGCUUGGAAAAAAUCCAAUGGCAAGCAGAGGAUCUCCCCUUCAUGGUCCACGCAUAAAAAUAAUUGAGAAGGCCCAAAAUCUUUUCUUAGAAACGAAGGAAUAUACCUUUGAGGCGAAGGCUGCUGAAGAGCAUGCAAAGUUGUUGAGAAUGCAGCAUGACUUAGAAGUGUCAACAAAGCAGGCCAUUUUUGUUGAUUCCAGUAUCAGUGAUACAAUUCGAACAUGUAUUGUUCUGGGAAAUCAUCGAGCUGCAAUGAAAGUGAAAACAGAAUUCAAGGUUUCUGAGAAGAGAUGGUAUUGGCUAAAAGUUUUUGCUUUGGCUACAAUCAGAGAUUGGGAUGUCUUGGAGAAGUUCUCAAAGGAAAAGAGACCACCAAUUGGUUACAGACCAUUUGUGGAGGCAUGUGUCGAAGCAGAUGAAAAAGGAGAAGCGUUGAAAUAUAUCCCAAAACUCACAGAUCCUCGAGAAAGAGCAGAGUCCUACGCUCGGAUUGGCAUGGCCAAGGAAGCUGCUGAUGCUGCCUCCCAGGCAAAGGAUGGUGAAUUGCUUGGUCGACUAAAAUUGACUUUUUCACAAAAUGCUGCGGCUUCAUCAAUUUUUGAUACUCUUAGGGACCGGUUAUCUUUUCAAGGCGUUUCAUAGUUUUCCUGCCUCCAUCCUAUCCUUUUUUUCUUUAAAUCUUUUUUUUCAACUGUGCGUAUCGUGUUCAUUUUUCUUUACAUUGUACAUGGCAGGAUGAAUGUAAAGGCAGAUGAGUUUUUUUUUCAUAUUUGAUGUAUUGUGAGCAUUGUUGAAGUUCAUGUAUGUAUGAGCAUAGUAUAGUUUGCUGCUGUGUAAAUCAUUCUGCAAAACGAAGGUAUCUUGGUGGUUGCUGCGUAAAUUAUUCUGAAAAAUAAGAAUAAUGCUUGUGAUUUUGUACUUGUUUGGGCAAAA